GCCCAUUUUAAUUCGGGUAUGAGAGGGUUAAUGAAAAAAAAUAGUAAGGCUUUGCUAAGCAGCUCGGAUACAAUUUUAUAAGGUAUUGUCAAAACAUUACAUUAAACAUUUUUUAAAUAAAAUGUAAAUGGAUUACUGAGAUUUUUUUAUAUGAGAAGUAGACGUGGUAUCAACUGGUUUCGCCAUUGUAACAUCAGUAUAUCAAGAAAAAAGUAUUAAGCCGGUGCUAACACCGUUUCCAGAAUAUACGCUGCAACAAUGCGGGGAGGUUGUUGAAACUAUACGAAGAUGUUACGGUUUUAGAAGGUCUAUUUUAAAGGGUUUUGUUAUAUACAUAUAUUUAACUUUUUUUUUGAUAAUGGUUAUAAUAUAAUAUAUAUUAGAUUUAUUAUUUAUAUGUGUGCAUGUGAACACUUUAUUAAGCAUCCAGUUUUUAUAAGUGGACGCUAGUGAAAGAAAAAAAUUCACUCUGGAAGCGAAUAAAUUUGCAAAGCAAACACGAACGGGAGUAAAACUAACACAUAGAGAGCUUUGUAGUGGCAUAUCACGGUCAAUUGGUGCAAUUUAACAUACACCAUUUGAUUUUCGGCAAAAUUUCUCAACAAACACCCCUGGAGGAAAUUAUUAAUAGACUUUCUAGUAAUAUGUGAUAUGUCAUUGUAUUAUACCAUGCCGUUUAUAUUGAAUAAAAAAAUCAAAACGCGUAGUUUACGCUGGCCAACUGGCCUUACAUGCCGUGGAAUGUGACUAAAAAUUUGAAAAUCCAUAGUAAAAAUUAAUAUGAAGUUAAUCAGAAAAUGUGCUAUCGCUCAAGUUCAAAAUGCAGUUUCAAGGGCUGAGCACCGAUUAAACAGAAACUGCAUUAAAUAACCCAGCGCAUUACAAUGCAUAGCGGCAAAUCGUUCGAAUACGUGAUAGCCAUGGAUAAACGUUUGCCUAGUCGUAGCGAGGUGCUAUAGUCGUUAGGACUCACUCGAAAGUAUGGCUACCCUUUGGAAAGUCACUACGUCACUACCGAAGACAAGUAUAUCUUACGUAUGUUUCGUUUACCGCGUCCAAAUGCACGACCUAUUUUUCUAAUGCAUGGGCUUCUGGAUAGCUCCAUUACUUGGGUGCUAAGUGGACCGUGGGGGGCGCUCGGUUAUUAUCUCUACGAUCUGGGCUACGAUGUGUGGAUGGGCAACGCACGUGGCAAUUUCUAUUCUCGCAAUCAUUCGCAUUAUAAUCCGGAUAACGACAAGUCAUUUUGGCGUUUCAGUUGGCAUGAAAUUGGUUUUUAUGAUGUGCCUGCCUCGAUCGAUUACGUUUUGAAUAAAACGGGCUAUGACAAAAUGGCAUAUUUUGGACAUUCUCAGGGCACCACAUCCUUCUUUGUGAUGGCUUCUAUGCGUCCGGAGUAUAAUAAAAAGAUUACCCUCAUGAGUGCCCUUGCACCAGUGUCGUAUAUGAAAAAUGUAAACGCACCAUUGCUGCCUAUCAUGCGAAAUUUAAUGGCUAUAUCCGGUAACACGAUUACUGAGUUCCUGCCACGUUCUGAACUGUGGAGAGCAUGUUUUCGCUCCAAAAUGACCGAAGACACAUGCUUUGAUUACAUGUUUCAACUAUUGGGGAAGGAUCCCAAAAUGUGGAAUGCGACGAUGGCGCCAGUUUACAUGUCCCAUCUUCCAAGUGGUUGCAACUUGAAGCAAUUCAAACACUACGUGCAACUGAUUGACUCUGGGCGUUUCUGUCAGUAUGAUUACGGAUCAACGGAAAAUCUCAAGCGUUACAAUAGCUCUCACCCAAGAGACUAUCCUAUCAAAAAGAUCACCGCACCAGUGGCACUAUAUUAUACCUCCAAUGAUAACCUCAGCGGUUUUAAAGAUGUAAUACAUCUGUCAAAAGAGCUACCAAAUGUUGUAGAAAAUUGCCUUUAUCCCUAUAAAAAGUGGAACCACAUGACUAUGGUGUGGGGUCUGGAAGCACGCGAACUGACUCACAAACAUAUGGUGGAGCUGAUGAAGAAAUACGAACCACAAUCCAUGUAAUGUCUUACAUUGUAAUGUGUACAUUGGAAAAUUAAAUUGAAGAAAUAUAUUAGUACUAGCAGACCCGACCACACGUUUUUGUGGCUAAGGUAUACAUUAAAUUAGUAAAUUUUUCAAUAUAGUAAACUUACGCUUAAAAAGAAAACGUUAUAGCCGGUAUAUUGAUUGAAAUACAUUAUUGUGGAUCUGUAUUAAGCGUAAAUCAUCAUAGUUUGUUAAAUUUAAUUUUUUUUUAAUCGUAUAUUGAAAUGAAUAUGUAACAAAUUAGCAAAUCUGCUGUAAAUGCAUUUUUUAAUAACAUUCGGUAAAAGUAAUACCUUUUCGAGGUCUAUCCCACCUCUAUCGUAAGCGAGAUCUUUACGUAUGACGUUCAAACCUGCACACCUCAGAAGAUUUUAGUUGCUGUUUAACUUGGUUUCUUGGGCCGUAGCUAUUGAUAAGCCCCUCGGGCUCAUAAAAUCACUGUAACACCAACCUGUGCAGUAAUUGCAUCUGACUGAGGUCACGUUCGAACAUAUUGCGGGCGGACACUAGGACCAGUCUAUACGAGCGGACUAAACUUAAAAUAACAAAUCAAAUCGUCGAAAUAACAGCCCUUGGCUGGAUAAAAUCCGGGACAAUUCCAGUAGCAGAAAACCGGCUGUCGUUGGAAUUAAAUUUGGCGGUCGUUACACAAAGCUGAAAAAGCGGCGACGUUGAACAAACGCGCUAUACAUCGCUUACAAAGUAUUUUAUUGUGUAAAAAAUGUUAAUACAACCUAUGAGUAACCAAUGAUGUCAAUUAACGACUCGUAUCUUUUGAAGGUAAGGUCUAAUAAAAAAUCAAUUAACUUAAUUCUGGGUGUUCCCUCCAAAAUAAUCGCAAUUUUCAACCUACCUGGUAUAAUUGUCGAGUUUUAAAGCUAACACAACAACGUAGUGACAAUUCGUGGCUGAGAGACACUG